UCUUGAGGUUCCCGAUUUUAAUGCAUGGGCCCUAUGGGUAGCUUGUCCUCUAGAGUCAGUAUAGUAACUCUAUGAACGCUGCUGAUCGAGCUAUGGUGGCUAGCUACCGAGCGUCGGUGGAGCGCCCGAGCCUGCACCAAGCGAAAUCAAAGAAAUGCCUCGACUCGGUGGACAUAGCCUUCAUGGCCAACAGUGCGGAGGUGCUCUUUUGCUGCUUCCAGCUGGCUCUUGUCCUUUGCAUGGAGUAUCUGCAAAUUACAAGGAACCCUGUACCUGUCUGUUGCUGAAGCAUGAUGGACAGCUAUCCUUGAGCAGUUGGAAGGCAAGGCUGUAGCCCUCCGUGGCUUGAGAGCUGUGCAGCAACACAGCAAUAGGCACGGCACCUGCUUUUGUGGCGGCUUACAAGGGUGCGAUUGGAUGGAAGGCUGAGCAACGUACCCAGAGAUGUAGUGCUGCUGCUUACAUCGUUCUUGCACUCAAACACAGGGAAUGACGCAGUGCUGUAGUGGAGUUUGAAGAUACAAGCAGAGACCAGUUUCGUUGACAAGGAUGCUGCAUCGGUCGGUCUUACACCCCUUGUGGUGUCCUACUUCAAAGAUGGCCUCAGCCAACUCGUACAAGUACAUGAGGCAUCAACAGAGAUGACCGGUGAUUUUCUUGACAGCCUGCCCAUUUGCCCAGUCAUAGUUGCACUUGGUCAGUCCAUCUUUCAAUGCACCUGCCAUCUGUUUGUGGAUAGGGAGCUCGUAAUACCAAACAUCGGCUUGAAGCUGUCUAUUGAGUACCUGUUUGCUGUCCACUACUGCUUGAACAUCAAAUUUGCCACACGUGUAGGGGCAACCUUCGAAUUUCUUCAGAGCUCCUCUGAUGGCCGAAGACAGGCUCAUGUUCUGGCUGAGGUUCAUGUUCUUUGAAUACACAAUUCAAAGUU